AUGCCUCCCAAUCCUAACCCUUCCCCACCGAAGACCAGACCUAACCCCUCCCUACUGAAGACCAAGCCUCCCAACCCUUCCCCACUGAAGACCAAGCCUCCCAACCCUUCCCUACUGAAGACCAGGCCUCCCAAACCUAACUCUUCCCCACUGAAGACCAGGCCUCCCAACUCUAACCCCUCCCCACUGAAGACCAGGCCUCCCAACCCUAACCCUUCCCUACUGAAGACCAAGCCUCCCAACCCUUCCCCACUGAAGACCAAGCCUCCCAACCCUUCCCUACUGAAGACCAGGCCUCCCAACCCUAACCCUUCCCUACUGGAGACCAAGCCUCCCAACCCUAACCCUUCCCUACUGAAGACCAGGCCUCCCAAACCUAACCCCUCACUGAAGACCAGGCCUCCUAACCCCUGCUCACUGAAGACCAGGCCUCCCCACCCUAACCCUUCCCCACUGAAGAUCAGGCCUCCCAACUCUAACCCCUCCCCACUGAAGACCAGGCCUCCCAACCCUAACCCUUCCCUACUGAAGACCAGGCAUCCCAACCCUUCCCCACUGAAGACCAAGCCUCCCAACCCUUCCCUACUGAAGACCAGGCCUCCCAACCCUAACCCUUCCCUACUGGAGACCAAGCCUCCCAACCCUAACCCUUCCCUACUGUAG